UAAAGAUUAUAUUUUUAUUCAUUCUUUUAUGGGAUUUUAUUUUUUUGGCUUAAGUUUGCAUUGAUUCAGAAAGCAGAAACAAAACUGAUAGUUGGGGUGCUGCUACUGAAUCUCUGGGAAUUGGGAAUAGUUGGUAAAUUAGGGUUUGCAUUUUUUGUAAUUGUAGCCAAUGGCACAGUUCAAUUUUGCAGCAGAAUCUCAUAUCAAACAGAUAUCAGCCAGAUGGGAUCCAGCUGGAGCAUGCAGGCCUCUCAUCGAUGAAGCACCUGUAUUUUAUCCUUCUCUUGAGGAAUUUGAAGAUACACUUGGUUACAUAGCAAAGAUACGUCCGAAGGCAGAACCAUAUGGCAUAUGUCGGAUUGUUCCUCCAUCUUCCUGGAUUCCACCCUGCCCUCUUAAAGAGAAAGAUAAAUGGGAACUUGCUAAAUUUUCUACACGUACACAGCAUGUUGACUUGCUUCAAAAUAGGGAGCCCAUGAGAAAGAAAAACAGAAGCCGGAAGCGAAAACGAAGGAAGCACUCUAGAAUUGGAACAACCAGGAGACAUGCCAAUUGUAAUUCUGAAGCUUCAGAGACUGAUGAGAAGUUUGGGUUUCAUUCUGGACCAGACCUCACACUUCGAGAUUUUCAGAAACACGCUGAUUAUUUUAAGGAGUCCUACUUUGGAAUGAAGAAUGCUGAGGACCUAAACUUUGUUGAAACUGUAAAGCAAAAAGGAUGGGAACCCUCUGUGGACGAUAUUGAAGGUGAAUACUGGCGGAUAGUUGAGCAACCCACAGAUGAAGUUGAGGUAAUAUAUGGAGCUGACUUAGAAACAGGACCAUUUGGAAGUGGAUUUCCUAAGGCAUCUUCCAUGGUAAAUGAAAGUGGUUUGGAUAAGUAUGCGACGUCAGGUUGGAAUCUAAACAACUUACCACGCCUGCCAGGUUCUGUACUAUGUUUUGAAGGAAGUGAUAUCUCGGGAGUUCUAGUACCAUGGCUCUAUGUUGGGAUGUGCUUUUCUUCUUUCUGUUGGCAUGUUGAGGACCACCACCUCUAUUCACUGAACUAUCUACAUUGGGGUGAUCCUAAAGUAUGGUAUGGAGUACCUGGAAGCCAUGCGACCACUUUGGAAGAUGCAAUGAGAAAGCAUUUACCCGAUUUAUUUGAAGAACAACCAAAUUUACUUAACGAACUGGUCACUCAGCUAUCUCCUUCUGUUCUAAAAUCUGAGUCUGUACCAGUACAUCGAGCUGUCCAGAGGUCUGGGGAAUUUGUUCUUACCUUUCCAAGGGCGUAUCACUCUGGAUUUAAUUGUGGCUUCAACUGUGCCGAGGCUGUGAAUGUGGCCCCCGUUGAUUGGUUGGUACAUGGCCAAAAUGCAGUGGAGCUUUAUAGUGAGCAGCGUCGCAUGACAUCAAUUUCUCAUGACAAAUUGUUAAUAGGGUCUGCUCUGGAAGCUGUAAAGGCCCUUUGGGAGAUAUCUGUUCUUGGAAAGGAAACUCCAAGAAAUUUGCGAUGGAAAAGUUUUUGUGGUAAAGAUGGAGUACUUACCAAGGUAUUUAAGACAAGAGUACGGAUGGAAGAGGAACGAAUAGAUGGCCUUCCAAGGCAUUUGAAGUUGCAAAAGAUGGAAAGGGACUUUGAUUUGGAAAAAGAGAGAGAGUGUUUAUCUUGCUUCUAUGACUUACACCUAUCUGCUGCUGGCUGCAAGUGCUCCCCUGAUCAAUUUUCAUGUCUUAAACAUGCAAACCAUUUUUGUUCAUGUGAAGUGGGCGAUAGAUUUGUUCUUAUCCGCUACACUAUAAAUGAGCUAAAUACCUUGGUUGCAGCACUGGAAGGAGGAGUGGAUUCAAUCAAAGUAUGGGUAUCAGGGGGCUCUGGUUUGGUUUCUGCUAGUGAUAAGGUUGCUUGUGUAGCUAAGCUAGAUAUGGAAAGUGAUACAUGUGGAACCAAGUAUCUUGAUCAAAUGGAAAAUUCAUCUUGUUGCCAAGGAACUGAGGAGAAGUUGAACAUAAAUGUGCCCUGCAGUUCAUAUAGCCAUGUUUCUUCCGAAGUUAUCCAGUCAGAGUCCCAGCAUGGAUCAUUUAGUUUAGGCGCAUCUCACAUCAGUACAGAAAGUCAUAAUGCUAUCGUUAAUGAUGAAACUUUAGUCAGGAACAAGAAAGGUAAGUUGGGGCAGGACUGCUGUAUUGAUUUUAAUCUCAAUGUUAUGUGUGAUGAGCAUAAAAGUGGGCUGCGACUUAUAUCUGAUAGCUUUAAUUGCAAGGGUAUCACAAAUGUGGAGGAGACAUUUAUACCAAACUGUGAACAAGAAAAUGUUCAUAGUUCAGAUACAGAAAGGGAACCAUGUUUAAUGCAACAAGAUAGUGACCAUAAUUUAUCUGUCUCACUUUCACCUGUCCUUUCAAAUAAAGAUUUUCCUUCAUGUUCGAGAGAUGUUGAGCAUACCUUUCUAAGAGACAGUAACAAGUUGUUUGGGUUUGAUCUUUUGUUUUCAAGUCCCCGUUUUAAAGUGCCAUCGGACAGCUCAUUGAAAUCAGAAUUUGCGGAUACCUUGGAUGUAAAGAUAACCACGAAGGACCAAAGCUUUCCAAUACAAAAGUUGGAUCCUUGUGUCGAACUUAUAAAUUUGGGGACUGUCACGUUUGGAAAGCUUUGGUGCAGUAAGCAGGCCAUAUUUCCGAAAGGAUUUCGAAGUCGUGUCAAGUUCUUUAGUGUGGUGAAUCCAACAAAAGUUGGUAGUUACAUAUCAGAAGUUGUUGAUGCUGGCCUUCUUGGGCCUCUGUUUAAGGUUACUUUAGAAGAAUCUCCAAGUGAGACUUACACAAAUGUCUCAGCAAAGCUGUGCUGGGAAAUGGUGCUACAGAGACUAAACCAAGAAAUCAUUAGUCGGAGCAGUCUAGGAGAACAAGGACUGCCUCCUUUGCAAAGUGUUAAUGGGCUUGACAUGUUUGGGUUUCACUCUCAGUCCAUUAUUAAGGCUAUUGAGGUUCUUGAUCCCAAUCAUCAAUGCAUGGAGUACUGGAAUCACAGGCACAUUAGACCUUUAACUACGGACAAUAUUGGCGAUGUCAAUAAAUACUCUUUCGAAUUGAGUUGCUCUAUAGGAGACACAGAAGAAAAGGAUUUUGGUAUCAGUUUAACAAAGCAUGACCCUGAUAAUCCAUCUGAAGGACCGGGUAAUAAUUCAAUUGAUGAAGGCGUACAUUUGGUACUUCGAGGACUGUUAAAGAAGGCAAGUCCAGAAGAGUUGAGAAUAAUGCAUAGGAUUUUCUGCAGUGAGUCACAAAGUUCUAAAUGGAGAGUGGCAUUCACAUCAUUGAUAGAGGAGAUCCAGAAAUCCUGUACAUAAAUUAAGGAAAAGAAAUAGGUCCCCAUCAUUCUUUUCAUUCAAGGUAGCUUCUUAUUCCAGUUAGUCAGAUAGGCCUAUUCUUUCAAAAGAUCCAUAAAAUGGGAAGAAAUAUCAUGGGUUUGAGUUGUGCACGAAUAUUUGCGAUGUGGCCACUCAUGACCUUGACAGAGUCUUGAUUUAAUGAUACUGAUCUCAUUUACCAAUUGCAGUAAAGGCUGCUUGUAUAUUAGAAAAUUUUACUAACCAUUCUGAAAUAACAACCAUUUCAGUUUUA